GGGGGGGGGGUCACAGGUGAUCAGGUGGUCUCUGAAAACAUCUCUGCUCCCCUCCGUGUCCUACAGGAAACAUAAGCAGGAAGUGCACCUCCUAGGGAUGGUCCGAGGUUUUCCCCAACAUCAGCAGUGUGUGUGAGUCACACACCAGUCAGGAGAAGGUACGGCGUCAGCCCCGGUGGUGGACGUUGUCCUGAGGUCAAAUGACCGUAGAGUUGUAGUCUGGUCUCCUCAGACCAGAUGGUCCCACGGUCUUCUUCAGCCUGGAUCAUCUUCCUCCAGGUUGUCCUCAGCAGACUUCAGUCUGGUCCGGUGCAGGACUCAGUCUCAGUCUUUGGUCAUAUUCAGGUCCAGACUGGACCCAGUUCUUCGACUAUGUAACUAGCACCACCUACAGGCUCCACACUGUCAAACCCAGAUCUCCAUGGUUGUUGAACUACACAGCACACACUCUUCCCCUCACGUAGGACUCCAGACCAUAUUCUGCUGAUGAAGUCCAGUCUGACCGGGUCGUGGGUUCAGGCGUCAACAGAUGAAGAAGAAGAAGAAGAAAAUCUUUCAGACUUCAUUCCUGAAUGUUGAAAGGUUUCAAAGGUGGGGAGGAGGAGCAUGAAAAAAGAUGAGAGUAAAUUCACCUGAAGUGACCUGAAGUUUUUACUUCUUGUUCAUCCCUGGACUUUGAUCCAGAUGAUCCAGUCAUCACAGUCUCUGACUGUCUACAAUGUGAAAUACUGUCACUGUUGAAAUGUAAGAACAGCAUUUCCACAUAGUCUGUAUAAUGUCUCUCUGCCUAAACCAAAGUCCAUGGAGAAAAUCAGAGAUUUUAGUUCAGACCAAAGUCCAUGGAGAAAAUCAGAGAUUUUAGUUCAGGCAGUGAUCUAUAAAGGUAACUUUUGUGACUGGUUCACAGUGAUCCACCUCCUCUUCUCUGUGUGGCUGCAGCUCAUCUUCUACAUGCUGGUCCAGACCCUCUACACUCUGGGUCACAGUCUGUCGUUGAUCGCCCUCAUCACAGGAAGUGCCAUCCUCUGUUUGUUCCGGAAGCUCCACUGCACCAGGAACUACAUCCACCUCAACCUCUUCUUGUCCUUCAUCCUGAGAGCCGUGGCCGUCCUGGUUAAAGAUCACAUCCUCUUCAGCCGCACCUUACAGUGCUCCAAACAGCCGUCGCUGGUGGGCUGUAAGGCCAGCCUGGUGUUCCUCCAGUACUUCAUCAUGGCUAACUUCUUCUGGCUCCUGGUGGAGGCGCUGUACCUCCACACUCUGCUCAUUGCCAUCUUCUCUGAGAACAAACACUUCGUCUUCUACACUUUCAUUGGCUGGGGAAUCCCCGUGGUGUUUGUGUCGGCCUGGGUGAUAACCAGGGUCUACCUGGAGGACACUGGAUGCUGGGAAAGAAAUGACAACCCGACACCAAACUGGUUGAUCAAUGGUCCCAUUGGGUUCUCCAUCCUGGUGAACUUUAUCUUCUUCAUCAGAAUCAUUUGCAUCCUGGUCCAAAAGCUGAGGUGUCCAGAAGUGGGCGGCAACGACCAAUCACAGUACAGCAGGAGACUGGCCAAGUCCACCCUCCUGCUCAUCCCUCUCUUUGGGAUCCACUACGUGGUCUUCGUCUGUCUCAGUGAGUCCAUGGCAGAAGACUAUAAGAUAUUCUUUGACCUGGCUCUGGGGUCUUUCCAGGGUCUGGUGGUGGCCGUUCUCUACUGUUUCCUCAACAGUGAGGUGCGGUGUGAGCUGAAGAGGAAGUGGCGAAGUCUGUGGCUGAGUUGUCGUCCGAGCAGAACUCCACGGCUCAACAGCGCCCUCGCCUCCAGGAACGGAAUAGAACACAUGGUGCAGUUUCAUUGCAACUCAAGAACUCAGUCCAUCCUGCAGUCUGAGACCAGCAUGCUGUGACCCUGCCCCCUGGUGUCAGGUUUAAGAGAAGGACACUUGGUCAUGUUAGCAGUAGCAUUUGUAGCAUUUAAUUUUCUCUGCCUCGACCUAGUUAUAAACAUGAAAUUGUAAAAAUGUUAGAGUUUAUUUCACUGUUAUUGAUGUUUACAUUAUAAAUGUUAGUUCUUCCAGUUUUUCUAAUGUAUUUGCCAUUUUAGUUUUACUGUUAAAUACACUUCAGCAACUUUAAGCCAGGUCUUAUUUUCGGAAUCAUCUUAGCGGGCUACGCUAGCCUUUAGCUUUUACAGACUGUAGACGACUUUUAGCUUUUCUUUAUGAAAGAGUAGCAUUUUAAAAACUACCAUUCAAUUGUCUUUUAGCCAUGCUUGCUGUUUCAGUGACAAUCAUGGACGUUCAGACUCAAGCUCGGCCUCAGCGUCUUCAUACAAAUAC